AUGAAGUCGUCCACUCUUUUCGGUUUCGUUUCGGCCCUCGCCCUGGCCAGUGCAUCGCCGUUUGCGCGGAAUGGCACGUACUCUAACUCUACUUGCACUUCACUCAACCAGAGAAAGGCAUGGCACGCUCUCAGCAAUGGCGAGAAGUCCGACUACCUGAAGGCGGUCAAGUGCUUGAUGACAUCUCCCGCCAAGAGUGGCAUUACUGGUGCUCAAACUAGAUGGGAUGAGCUGCAAUCUUGCCAUGUUGAGCAGUCCAACUUCAUCCACGGCGUCGGUGCUUUCCUUCCCUGGCAUCGCCUUUUCCUCCGCCUCCACGAGGUCCUCCUCCAGAACGAGUGCGGCUACACCGGUGCCCUGCCCUACUGGGACGAGCAGCGUGACCUCGAAGUCCUCGGAAACAUCGAGAACGCCUCCGUCUGGGGAUCGGACGAGUUCAGCUUCGGCACCAACGGCGUCAACACGACAGACGGCGUCAACUGCGUCGUGGACGGUGCUUUCGCCAACACCACGCUCCGCAUGGAUCAGGUCUACGGCGUGGACUACUACGACGAGUACUGCCUGUCCCGCCGAUGGAACCAGACGGCCUGGGAGUUCGCCAACCAGACGAACGUCGACACGUGCUUUGCCAAGGACAACUACAACGACGCCAACUUCUGCUACGUCGAUUCACCUCAUUCAUGUGGACACUUGGCCACCGGAGGAACUAUGGAGAACCAGAAUGCCAGCCCCGGCGACCCCAUCUUCUUCCUGCACCAUGCCAACCUCGACCGCCUCUGGCAGAAGUGGCAGGAGGCUAAUCUGACUGCCCGACUCACGGACAUGAGCGGCCAGAUCAUCCCUCCCGCGUUCAUCAUGGAGCAGAACAGGUGGUUGUACCCGUCCAAGGCGUACACGGACUACGACGGCGACGCGGGCAACGAGACCACCCUGAACCACGUCCUCUGGAUGGGCGGCAUCAUGCCCAACAAGACCAUCGCCGACGUCAUGGAUCUCAAGGGAGAGGUCAUCUGCGCCGAGUACCUCGAUGCGGACUACUGA